GCGCCCGUACGCGCUUCUUUACGGUAAUGGUGCUGAUGCGGGAUGAGUCAGGCUGUACGAUGCUACUGCUGCUGCUGCUGCUGCGGUCGCUCUCUGCUGCCAUUUCGUCUGCGCCGAUUAGCUCCAAACACAGAAGGGAUUUUUCGGGAUCCCCGCCACCACCUCCUCUUCAUCCUCACAGCCCGCCCCCUCCCCCCGCCGCUCCUCUCCCUCAGACGCUAUUGACAUCGGGGGGCUCAGUUUGAACCGGACUUCCGCAGGAUCCGUGUGUUUUUCAAAGAAGCUGCACCUGCUGCUCUGGAUGCGCCUCUGUCUCAGCUGUCCGGCGGGGGGCCCUGACCGUAAGAAACGGAACAGCUCCGGACUCCAGCGAACCAGCGUGUGUUUGUAUUAAUAAAAAUAAUAAUACGGAGUCCCCAGAUUUUUUUUUUUUUUUUGCGGCCUGAGCGUCGAACCAGUCCGACUUGUAAUGCCAUGGAGCUCUCAUCGGCCUGGUCCUGAACAGCAGCGCCGGCCUAAAGCGGACCCACUUCCUGCUGCAACUCGCGCCGACGCACGCGCACCUCGGGCGCUCCACACCUCAGCAGCAGCGGCAGCGCGCGGAGCAGCGACGCAGUCGUCAUGGAGGCCAUCUGGCUCUACCAGUUCCGCCUCAUCGUCAUCGGGGACUCCACGGUGGGCAAGUCGUGUCUGAUCCGGCGGUUCACGGAGGGUCGCUUCGCCCAGGUGUCCGACCCCACCGUGGGCGUGGACUUCUUCUCCCGCCUGGUGGAGAUCGAGCCCGGGAAGCGGAUCAAGCUGCAGAUCUGGGACACCGCGGGGCAGGAGCGCUUCAGGUCCAUCACCAGAGCUUAUUACCGUAACUCUGUGGGCGGGCUCCUCCUCUUCGACAUCACCAACCGCCGCUCCUUCCAGAACGUCCACGACUGGCUGGAGGAGGCGCGCAGCCACGUCCAGCCGCACAGCAUCGUCUUCCUGCUGGUGGGCCACAAGUGCGACCUCGAGGCACAGCGCCAGGUGACCCGGCAAGAAGCGGAGAAGCUGGCCGGGGCGUACGGCAUGCGCUACAUCGAGACGUCGGCGCGCGACGCCAUCAACGUGGAGCACGCCUUCACCGAGCUGACCAGGGAGAUCUUCGCCUUGGUGCGGUCCGGCGACAUCACCAUCCAGGAGGGCUGGGAGGGCGUGAAGAGCGGCUUCGUGCCCAACGUGGUCCACUCGUCAGAGGAGGUGACCAAGAGCGACCGCCGCUGCCUCUGUUGAUCUGGGUGAACGGAGGUUGUGAAAAGGGAGUGGACGCCGAGCGGAGCCGCCGAUGACGGACUGAACUGUCGGCCGUCCAAACGGAGGAACUGUACUUCCUUCAGACUGAAUACGGAUUUGGACGGGUGGGGAAAGUCGGUGAACUCGGUGUCGAUGAACAUCAUAACGGCAACAGCAAGCGGAGGACUUAAAGGGAUGGAUCCAUCUCUGUACAUGUUUUUCGCUCUCAGAGGGGAAAGGGUCAGAGUUGUUUCGACUGGACUGCUUUCCCAGAACGUCUCGCAAAAGGCCUUAGAAACCGGAUCUGUUCAGAUGACUUUAUCGUUUUGAUUUCUGCCAUUACCUCCUCUCCAUUAAACUACUCUCAAUAUGCAAUUUUAUGAUCACGUAACAAGAGAUCGCAUCUUUCUUUACUCAUUUCUUCUAAAGCACCGUACAGCGUCGUUUGGUCCUAAGCAUUAAAGUUGUUUCUCCUUCGCCGACAUGUUUCACAUUCCAGAAAUCAAUAGAGGAGUCCUGGAGGUCUUAGAAAAACCCUGUCGCUUUAUUACCUUACAAAGGUAUUUAUACCACUUAAACUUUUUUUAAAACUUAUUUUCAACCUUACAACUACUAAUUUCAAUUUAUUUAAGUGGAGUUUUUGUGGUAGUCCAACUUAAAGUGGGAUAACUGUGAAGUGGAAGUAAAUGGUACACAGUUUUCAUAGGGGCUCCGCACAUCCGUCAAAGUCUUAAAUUCAUGUGUCUAUAAUUAAGGCCUUGAAAUGCCUUAAAGCAGUGGUCCCCAACCACCGGGCCGUGUUGACACAUGUCAAAAGCUGCUAAAGACAUGGGCCCAGUCAAAGUCCAGACAUAAAUCUAAAAAAAUAAAUCAGUGACAAAACGUAAAGGUGGAUGGUUCAAGACUUUCUCCAUCCAAUCUUUCGGAACUUGAACCAUUUUGCAAAGAAGAAUGAGCGACCAUUUCAAUUGCAGAUGUCCAACGGCGGUAGAGACAUGUAGCAAGAACAAAAGGUGGUUUUAUAAAUCAGUACGUUUCUAAUGAGAGGGGAACAGGAAAGAGGGCAACCUAGCUCCUUUUUCCACCAAGCCACGGUUGCUCACAAACUAUUCUCUGAGGUUCUGCACAGUCAUCCGCUACGUUGUGUUGGUCCGUCACAUAAUGUCAAACUAAAACACACGAUCGUGUUUAGUUGUAAUGUUACAAAAUGUGGAGAAAAAAAAAAUAAAUAGUGGGUAAUAAAUACUUUUGCAAGAUUUAAAACCUCCAGCGAACUCGAUGACAUUGACCUGGUCGCAUUAACACGACACCUCCCUGCUGUCCGCAAAGGACUAACCGCGCGAAGACAAGUGCGCAGCUGAACUCAUGGAGGUGGAGCUGUGGACACGUCGGACUCCAUGUCCGUCUGUUUUAUUGAACACAGCAGGUGGAUUUGUUGAACUCUGUUUGGAGCAGGAAAGCACCUUAAUAGUCAAGUCUGUCUACACAGGGAAAGCCUUAUUUGGUACACUUCAGUUCUCCGAGGCCAAACCGACAGAAUCACACCAACGGACACUCGACCAAUGGACUCCACGGCAACACUACGUAACCGACAACGCACGCUGAGGAAAGAAGACAAAUCGCCCCAAAGAAAGCCGACGCGAUUCACAGCCACACUAUGAGAUUCAGUUCUGUGCAGUACGACUUGCUCAUGUUGCUUUAAUCUGUGCAAAUGCAGUGCCAUAUAUGACUUUAUGAUCGCUUAAGUUCGACCCUGCAGUUUUAUCUCGCCACCACGGUAGCUUCGCUAUAACAUCACAUGUGAGGCGCACAAUAUAAAACGGUCCUAAGAGACUUAAACCGCUUCAAAUUUGGUUUUUCCAAGUCACAGAUUUCAAGCCACCUUCUCUUUACCUAAACUUGAUGAUUACAUUUCAAGAUGCAUUCCAACCCCUGACAUGAAAAUUAAAGAAAUAAUGCUUA